GAGACAGGAACCGGAAGUAGGGUUGCGAAGGUAGGGCUGCGCUAUCCUGCGUUGGAGUUUUCUCCGGGAUCAGCUCCGAAGCUCCUCGCCUCCACUCGGGUAGUUGCGCAGCUGCCUAGCGUAGCGUUCGCCAUGGCGCUUAGCGAUGCCGACGUGCAGAAGCAGAUUAAACACAUGAUGGCUUUCAUUGAACAAGAAGCCAAUGAGAAAGCAGAAGAAAUAGAUGCGAAGGCAGAAGAGGAGUUCAACAUUGAGAAAGGUCGUCUUGUGCAAACCCAAAGACUGAAGAUUAUGGAAUAUUAUGAGAAGAAAGAAAAGCAGAUUGAGCAGCAGAAGAAAAUUCAAAUGUCCAAUUUGAUGAAUCAAGCAAGACUCAAAGUCCUCAGAGCAAGAGAUGACCUCAUCACUGAUCUGCUAAAUGAGGCAAAACAGAGACUCAGCAAGGUGGCGAAAGAUACGACCAGGUACCAAGUGCUGCUGGAUGGGCUGGUCCUCCAGGGCUUGUACCAGCUGUUAGAGCCCCGGAUGAUUGUGCGUUGCAGAAAACAAGAUUUCCCUCUGGUGAAGGCCGCAGUACAAAAAGCAAUUCCUAUGUAUAAAAUUGCCACCAAAAAAGAUGUUGAUGUCCAGAUUGAUCAGGAGGCUUACCUGCCUGAAGAGAUAGCUGGUGGAGUUGAAAUCUAUAAUGGGGAUCGCAAGAUAAAGGUUUCCAACACCCUGGAAAGCCGACUGGACCUCAUAGCCCAGCAGAUGAUGCCGGAAGUACGGGGAGCCUUGUUUGGUGCAAAUGCCAAUAGGAAGUUUUUGGACUAGCCUUUGGAGGUGCAGUUCAUCUACUGCUGUACUUGUGAAGAAGCAGGACUGUCUGCAGCUUCCUUUUCUGUUCUGUUCUGUGGUAAUCAAUUGGCACUCUUUGUAGCUAAUGCCCUGGCCUAUUAUUCACAGUAGAAGGGCCACCUGGUGUGGUGAGGAGCCAGCCCCAGCUUAUCUGACACCCUGCAGCUCUGCACCAGUUCUGCAGCAGGAAGGUGAGGGAGGGGUCAGAUGGGGCUGCCUGGCCUUCACUGAGUACCUGUUUUCCCUGCUCCGGGUGUCUAGAGUAAUGUGCAUGCCGUCCGUGCUCUUUGAGUGUAAGGUGCAUGUGGAAGGGCUUGCAUUCCUCCAGAAACUCUAGCUUUGCUGUUACUAUGUGAGUCUAGACAUUUCCUUAUCUGUAAAUGUGAUUUAAAAUCUAAGCCAUGAAUAUUCUUUAUUUAUUAAAACAGGGUUUAUGUGGA